GUUGCCUCAUUUCUUGCAAAUUUGCAGUUCACAGUGCAGUCUGUGACCACUUCUUCACUGAUACAAUCAAAAAGAGGAACUCGAAAAUCACAAUGAGCCAGGAGUAUGAUGAGGCUCAGAUGGGCGAAGAGGGCGGUAUGCCUGGCCCUGGUGCUCCAACGCCACUAUCCGCGCUCGAGGUAAGCUUCUGUCGAAGCGCAAUUGCGAUAACGGCUGACGCUGAAGCUUGCAGGGAAUUGCUGGCUUGACGAAGCGAGAUAUUCAGCUUGUCAUUGACGGAGGCUACAACACAGUUGAGUCAGUGGCCUACACGCCGCGACGAGUGCUGGAACAGAUCAAGGGUAUCUCGGAGCAGAAGGCGACCAAGAUUCUGGGAGAGGGUAAGUGACUCACGAAUCGGAGCUAUCGAAAAAAUUACUGAUGGUAGCGCAGCCUCCAAGCUCGUCCCGAUGGGUUUUACUACAGCCACAGAGAUGCACCAGCGUCGCAGCGAGCUCAUUUCUAUUACCACUGGAUCCAAGAACCUCGAUACUCUUCUUGCUGGUGGUAUUGAAACAGGUUCGGUUACUGAACUGUUCGGUGAAUUCAGAACCGGAAAGAGCCAGAUCUGCCACACACUCGCUGUGACUUGUCAAUUGCCAUUUGAUAUGGGUGGUGGUGAAGGAAAAUGCAUGUACAUCGACACCGAGGGUACAUUCCGACCUGUUCGUCUGCUAGGCGUUGCCAACCGAUUUGGCCUUUCUGGCGAGGAGGUCUUGGACAAUGUUGCAUACGCACGCGCUUACAACUCUGAUCAUCAGCUUCAAUUACUCAACCAGGCUGCGGCUAUGAUGUGUGAGACACGAUUCUCUCUGCUCAUCGUCGACAGUGCAACAUCGCUCUACCGAACAGACUUUUGCGGUCGUGGUGAGCUCUCGAACCGACAGACUCACUUGGCCAAGUUCAUGAGGACACUUCAGCGUCUGGCGGAUGAAUUUGGUAUCGCAGUUGUCAUUACAAAUCAAGUCGUGGCUCAGGUCGACGGUGGCCCAAGUGCCAUGUUCAACCCCGAUCCAAAGAAGCCUAUCGGUGGUAACAUUAUCGCCCACGCCAGCACGACGAGAAUCAGUCUGAAGAAGGGUCGUGGGGAGACACGUAUUGCCAAGAUUUACGAUAGCCCAUGCCUGCCAGAAAGUGAUACUCUGUUUGCCAUUGGCGAGGAGGGUAUCGGCGACCCAGCACCAAAGGAUAUGGAGAAGGAUUAGACGACAACUGAUGACCUUGUGUGUUUGUACGAGCACUGGAGUAUAUGGUGAUGAUUCUUGGCAUGAUUGCUGGCGCAUAUUUUAAUGGUUGCUUCAUGUGUUAUUUUUGCGAUGGAUGUUACCUAAAUGUCAGGGUAGGGUGGUUGGGAUGACUAGCUGGAAUUCCCUUCAAUGAAAACGUGUUUCUUUCGGAGAAAUUAGUCUCAAAGAAAGAGAUUAAAGCCAACAUAUAAUUAACCAACUUUGAUGCACUUUUAUAAUUUUGAUGCAUCUUUUCUAACGUUG